AUGGCCAUGACCUUCUUCACCUCGACCAGCACGCCCCUCUACUCCGCGGCCUGGACGCCCAGCUCGACAGGCCAGUAUGCCGGAACCUGCAUGUUUCUGAUAGCCUUUGCGGCCAUCUUCCGCGCGCUGCUGGCAGUGCGCGUGAACUUCUUCCAAGUCGUGGCCAGGGUCGAGCACAGGCGCACUGGCAGCCUGGAAUAUCCAUAUGCGGCUGAUGCGAAGUUGACGACGCGCCCGUGGAGAGUUAAAGAGGCGGUGUUGGUGGCGUGCAUAGAUGUGCUUCUUGCGGGGACUGGCUAUCUACUGAUGAUCGCCGUCAUGACCAUGAAUGUGGGCUACUUCCUAUCGAUUCUUGCUGGCGUCUUCUUGGGUAGCAUGGUUUUCGGGCGCUUUAUGGCUGACUCCGCGUCGCAUUGA